AUUGUAUUUUUAUAUUUGGUUAUUCUCUUUAGGAUGUUAUUGCAUGAUAAGAAAUCAAAUUUUAUUAUUUCAAAUAAUUUGACGUCAGAAAUAAUAAAUCCUCCUUGACAACUAUGUGUUUAUGACAGACAUUUAACAUCAAAAAGAAGUAUGGCUUUGUCACAAUCUUUAAACAAGCUUAUUUUAAAAUUUGGAGAGAAUGUGAAUAAAACUCAAGAGAAGAAAAGUGAAGAUGCAAGACCUGGUAGCCCAUUUGUACUGCUUUUGUCGGAAGGAGAAGAAGAGUUCAAUUUUAAUCCUAACCCAGGUUCUCCAGUUAAGUCACGAAAACAUGACAAUAAUGAUGUGUUUGACCAUGACUCUAUUGGGUCUAGUUUGCGUCUUGACUCAAGUUGUGGAAAUACAUCUGCUGAAGGAGAGAACAUUGGAUAUGAGUCAAGUGGAAUAGUAAGUGAUGCAACAUGUGAGGGACAAGGAGUUACUUUAAGGGAAGUCAAUAUUGACAGCAGUUUUGAAAAUGACGACUUGAGUAUGGCAGAUGAUAAUUUAACUGAUAAUGAUGAAGUUGCGAUGAAGGAGAAUGAUGAACUUCGAAGUUCUCGUGCUAAUCCAAUGACUAAAACACAAUUUGACAAUUUGUUUGAUGAUAGUGGUAGACUCAUUCGUGAACAUGAAUUAAGAAGAGCUAUUUUUAAAGGUGGUGUUGAUGACAGCAUACGUAAAGAAGUAUGGCAGUUCUUAUUCGAACUUUACCCAUUCAAUACAACAUCAAGGGAAAGGGAAGUAUUAAAAGUAGAGCAAACAUUACGAUACGAAGCAAUGAAAAUACGGUGGAAAAGCUUGCUAAAAACCUUAGUGAAUGAAUACGAGGGUGUUCGAUACUGCCCCAAAUGGUAUUCGGCGUGCCCAGAAAACGCUAAAGAACAUGUUGAACUUUUGACAAAAUCUCAAGCCUCUCUGUCUGUUAGUAUUGUUGAGGAGAGUUCGUUUGUAAUUGACAAUGUUAAAGCUGAAGAAGUGAAGUUACGACUAAUGUCUCCAAAGGAUACCCCAAUAGACGAAAAUAUUAAUAAUACAAAGGAUAAUUCAGACAUUGAGUUAAAAUCGUUCGGAUUAGUAUGUCAAGAACAUGAGGAGGAGGAAAUAUUAAAUCAGGAGCUUGAAGAAUUUUGCCCAUCAAGUUAUGAGGAAAAACUUUCUCAAAUUCAUUGUUUAUCAAGGCCACGUGAAAAUAGCGAUGUUGUUGUUAAAGUUGAAAUGGCAGAUAUUCAUGGCAUCCAAGGAAAUGAUGAAACAGAGGUUGACCAAACUACGGAAAAUAUUGAUGAAGAAAAUGCUCCUCCAGUAAACUUUGUCACUGACUGUUCGGACUUUCAAGACGAAAAAACCCUCAAUAAAACGAAAGAACGUACUACAUCUGUAAAGUUUGAAUGCAGUGAGGUGGAUGACAUUAGGACAGCUUUAGCAGAUGCCAUGUUGGAUGUUCCAAACACAUGCAGCCCAAGCAAGGAGGAAUCAUCAGCAGCAGAUGCAGCAUGUCCAGGUGAAGACUUUGAUAUCUUAAAUAAUGACAGUGUUCCUCGAUCUAACUUUAACACUAAAGUUAGUAAUCAACAAGACAGUAUGAUUGAUCCCAUAACAAAUAAACCUAGUUCAAUAGAAAGUGUUCAAUCCAAUACAGAGCCAGUUAUAUUUCCUAAUCCAUUCACAUUGCCCCCUGAAUACAUAAACAACCAAGAAUCAUUAUACUCUCAAUCAGAAAACUUUCAAUCUCUUGAUAUUGCAAAUUUAAAAACCGAUCGCUCUCAAAGUGUUGAAGUUGCUGAAGUUGCUGAAAACUCAAAUCAAUCUAUCUUAGUUAAAGUCGAUGAAUUAAAUAAGGAUACUCAAACUAUUUUCCUAUCAUCUCCAUUUCCUGAAAACAGAAAAGCAGUUGAAAAAGCUGAAAAUCUUUCAAAUUGCAGCUCCAAAGUAGACACCAACAUGCAAGUAAAUAUUGAUGCAAAUUCAAAUAAAAUAAACAUAGUUGAUGAUGAUAGUGAUAAUCAACUUUUGUUACCUGAGCAAAGCUUGGAUGAAACUGAUAGUAAAAACACAUUUGAUCCAAUCGAUAAUGAGAAUAAACCAGAUAUUGCUAGUGGGGUAAAUACGGCCAGUGCAGACGGCAUUAGAAAUACAGUAGAUGUAGCUUGUAAUAAAAAUGUAUUAGGUGUAACCGCCACUGAAAAUCCAGAUAUGAGUAAUGAAAACAAUGAAUCGGAUGCAGUUUCUGCUAAAUAUACAGACAUUCUUAGUGAACAGAAUACAUCAGAUCCUUCCAUUAAAAUUAUGGAAGUUAGUGAUGAUGAAAAUUCAUUAGGUAUGUCAAUCACUGAAAAUGCAGUUGUUACUAGUGAUAAAAAUGUAUCAGUUAUACCACCUACUAAAAAUACAGAUUCGGGUAGUGAAAGUACAUUAGAUGUGACAGGUAAUGAGAACAAUGUGAGAAUUUUAAGUACAUGUUCAAAUGACAUAAACAUAAGUCAUAGUGAUGAUGAACUAAACAAUGCUGAAGUAGAAGGGUUGCAUUUGCAAUCUAAUAAUGAUAAAUCACUAACACCCAGUAGACCAAUAGAUAUUGGGUUUAAAUCCUUGGCUAGUUUACGAGAUGACAGUCCAGACUCUUUAUGGACGCCAAUAAAGAAACUAUCAGUGGGCCAAGGACGGAUACCUGCCUCAAAAUCUCCAACUGGAGAAAGUGUUGAACAUCUACCGCCAUGGAUUGCACAAAUGAUACAAGCAAGUACGCCCAGUUCUCCAGAGAAGAUAAGACGUCGAAGGUCAAGGACAAACAGCACGCCAAGCAGUAUAUCAACAACAAAAAAUUCUAACAGUAAAUCUCCUGCAACGAAAGGUGUGAUGUACGAUGAAGAAAUACUUGGUAUUGUUGAAAGUGCAAAUAAGUAUUUAGAGAAGCAAGCAAAAGCACAUAGUGGUCGAUCAACACCAAAACAAAAUAAUGUCCAAAAACAAAUGACAGACAAUGUAAAAAAGGAACUGGAGAAAACUAAAUCUAGCCCAUCUAUUAGGCCAGCUAGUUGUCAGGAUAUUGAUUCGUUUAUGAACGUCACCCCGAAGUUUAAAUUUGUUUCGCAUACGUUUGAUUGUAAUGAUGGUCCUGUGAACGACAAAGAAGAUACUGUAUAUCAGGACUGUCCCUACUGCAGCUUUAAUUCGCAGGAACCUCCUCAGAUUGUAUUAGAGACUUCUUUGGGAGAAGAACAACUUAAGUUUAUGGAAAUUCAAGCCCAUGUAUACGCAGCACGACAAAACUAUAGCGAAAAGCUGAUUUCAGCAAGCAUACGAGUUAUUGAUAAAGAUGUACCGAGAACUGAUCGAGAAUUGCCACAGUUCAGCGGAGAUGACAACCCGGGGUUGAUAAAACUGCGAGAUUCUUUGCUGACAUAUGCAUUUUUCCACCCAGAGGUUGGUUACGCGCAAGGGAUGAAUGACAUCAUGAGUCGAUUUCUUAUCGUCAUGGAUACAGAAGCUGAAGCAUUCUGGAUGUUUGUGAAUUACAUGGAGCAUUUCAAAAAUGAUUUUAUGGAGGAAGGCAUGCUGCGAAAAGUUGCGUUGGUGGAACAGUUGUUGAUGAAAAUGGAUCGAGAGCUGUAUGAUUAUUUACAAAAUACAGACAUGGGAUUAAUGUUUUGUCACAGGUGGCUGUUGUUAAAUUUUAAACGAGAAUUUGAUUAUUCGGAAGCGAUCAGAUUAUUUGAGAUCACAAGCAGUCGCCAUCUUGAAGUAUCUUCCGUUGAAGCGGAGUUGGAACGGUCUAAAGAAAGAGCAAAGGAGUUUGUAAAAGACAAUGCAGGGUCACACCUUGAAGAAAUUUAUCUAUCACCUGAGUAUCCUUUCGAUAUCUUUGUGUGUGUGGCCAUGUUAAUGGAAUGUCGUCAUAUGAUCAUGGACACAGUCGACUUAACUGCUGUUUAUCAAAUUUUGUCCAAUUUGCCCACCACGCUGGACUUAACCAACGUGUUAAGAAAGUCUGAAGAGCUGUUUUAUCGCUACUGUCGAAAAACUGUGGUUGAUUGUUUUCAAGUCAUCGACGAAUUGGAAGUUGAAGAUUAUCAUCGCAAAAAGAAUCCGUUUUCGUUUGCAUUUCGUUGACGAGUGUUUUACAAACGUCAGUGAAACUGAGAAGUUGUGUUCAUAUUUACUAAACUUGAGUUCUUUUGAGUUUUUCUAUUGUGUAAUAUAGUAUGUUAAAGCAGGGUAAGUUCUUACCUAGGUUAGAAAUAACAGAGACGGUUUGUAAAUUGAUGUUUGCAAUCCAAUAAGACUGCAUCAUACGGAGAUCAUGUGAUCAGACAAAAGUAGUUUAAGUAGUUAAGUUGCUAAGGGCUGAGACUGGGAUUUGUGUCAGAAACAAAGCAUAGGUUGAAAGCAACUCGGUCUGAAAUGAAAUAAGGGAAUGAGUGUAAUAUAACUUUUCUUACAAACGAAACGAUAUAUUUUUGGCAACCCGUGGUUAACACAAAACACUUUCGCACUCAUUUAAAAAAGGUUUUAUAUAUUUUUUUUUAAUUUUGAUGCUUUUUUGCUGUAAUGUUUAUACGAUAAAUAAAUAAUUGUGUUAUAAAAUACACAAUCGUACGCAAUCAUCGAGUAAAGAUAGGUUAACGAAUCAUUUAGGGGUGCGCACGAUGUUGCAUUUUUCGACAGAAGAAAACUAUGCUGGUCAAUGUUCUCUUCUAAAAAAAUCGUUAAUUUGCAAGGGCCUGAACACACUGGUUAAAUGUUGGUUUGAUAUCAACAGCGGUUUGAUACUUGAACAACCAGAAGUGUUUAUUUGGCGAGUGUGUAAAGAGUUUUAUGGUUACUGUGCGAAUGUUCGCGAACUUACUUUAUAUUUUAAAUGUUGUUGUAAAUUUGAGAAAAGAUAUUUUAUAUGUCAA